CUUUAUAAGUAAGAAAGCUCGGUGAAGACAACGAAGAGGAGAAGAAAGAACAAAACCCAACCCUCCAUUUUCUCUCUUGCUCGAAUUCAGAACUUCAAAGGAAGAAAAACAAUGGGCACAGAAGCUUUUACCACCGAGAGGUUAUCGGGCAAGGUGGCGAUUAUCACCGGCGGAGCGAGCGGCAUCGGAGCAAGCGCCGUGAAGUUAUUCCAAGAAAACGGCGCCACGGUCAUCAUCGCCGAUAUUCAAGAUCAACUAGGUCAAGCUCUCGCAUGUAAGCUCGGAAAAAAAGUCUCUUACAUCCACUGCAACAUCUCCGACGAAGACGACGUAAGAAACCUGCUCGAUAAGGUCGUCGCCGAGCAUGGAAAGCUCGAUAUCAUGUUCAACAAUGCUGGAAUCAUAGAUCGUCCAUUCGGGAGCAUUCUAGACACGCAGAAGUCAGAUCUAGAACAACUUCUCGCGGUCAACGUAGUGGGUUCUUUCUUGGGAGCCAAACACGCGGCUAGAGUGAUGAUUAACCAGAGGAGAGGCUGUAUUCUGUUCACGGCAAGCGCUUCGACGGCCAUUGCAGGGCUGGGAACUCCGGCUUACACGGUGACGAAGAAUGGGAUUGUGGGUCUGGCUCGGACCUUGGCGGCGGAGCUUGGUGAGUAUGGGGUGAGAGUGAACUGUAUUUCCCCGUUUGGGGUGUUGACGGGAAUUGCCGGUCCGAUAGAUGAGGGUGAUAUACCCAGAAUGGAAGAAAGGGUUAGCGCCAUGGGGAACCUAAAAGGACACGUGCUGAAGCCGGAAGGGGUGGCGCAGGCGGCGAUGUAUUUGGCGAGUGAUGACGCGGAUUAUGUUAGUGGGUUGAAUCUGGUGGUUGACGGAGGAUACAGUGUGGUGAAUCCGACGAUGAUGAAAGCUAUGAGUUCUAAAGAGACUUAAUGGUGGACGGGGAAGGAGAGGGACUUGUCCGAUAAGGCAUUAAUUCUGGAAGUUGAGAUAUUUUAC